ACCGUAGUUUACUUAAUGCAGCCCGAGUUGUUGUCUGCAAAGUCUCUGAUCAAGGGGUCCUACAGCUCUGCACACGGAAAUUCUCAGCUCGCAUGGGUUCCUCUGUAUUUUAAUGUGUGUCAGUGCGGUUUUACAAUUCUCCGCCCACAAGCCCGAUAGCAGCUCUGAAGCAAUGUGGGUUUUAUUUCGUCAAAGCCCGGAGCUCCAACCCGAUCAGCCUGAAGCACUCGACUCAAACAACUGGGCUCCUUCACCUGCUGUGAUCGAAGCAAGCAUGAAGACCAAGCCGCGGAGCAGUUGAGAAGUGAGAAGUUAGUGAACAUGACUCUGAAAGGUCAGGAGAUGAACAUCUGUAGUUCAGAGGCAGAGAACUUCAGUAGUCUGACUGAGGAAGAUACAGUGUGGGAGAAUGUCGAGUGUAACCGCCACGUCCUCAGCCGAUACAUCAAUCCAGCCAAGCUAACACCUUACCUUCGACAGUGCAAAGUCAUUGAUGAACAGGAUGAAGAUGAGGUUCUCAACUCACACAUGCUGCAGUCCAAAAUCAACAGGUCAAGUCGUUUGCUGGAUAUCCUUCAAACUAAAGGGCAGAGAGGAUAUGUUGUUUUUCUGGAGAGUCUAGAAUUCUAUUAUCCAGAACUGUACAAGUUGGUCACUGGAAAGGAGCCCACACGGCGAUUCUCUACGAUAGUAGUAGAGGAAGGACAUGAGGGUCUGACACAGUUCCUGAUGAAUGAAGUGAUAAAACUCCAGCAACAGACAAAGGCAAAGGAAGUGUCACGGUGUGACAUGCAGGUUAAGAUGAAACAACUGGAAGAUGAGAAGAAACAGCUCAAACUGGUGAACCAAGAGCUUCACACGUUCCAGGAACGUUACAACAAGAUGAAGGAGGAAAGAAACAACUACAACGAUGAGCUUAUGAAAGUCAAGGAUGACAAUUACAAUUUGGCCAUGAGAUACGCACAGCUUAGUGAGGAGAAGAAUAUGGCAGUGAUGAGAAGUCGAGAUUUGCAACUGCAGAUUGAUCAGCUGAAACACAGGUUAAACAAGGUGGAGGAAGAAUGCAAGUUGGAACGCAACCAGUCCCUCAAACUGAAGAAUGACAUUGAGCAAAGGCCGAGAAAAGAGCAAGUGCUGGAAUUAGAACGAGAGAAUGAAAUGUUAAAGACUAAAGUCCAAGAACUACAAUCAGUCAUUCAGGCUGGAAAACGUAGUUUGCCCAACUCCGAAAAGGCAAUCCUUGACAUCUUGGAGCAUGAUCGCAAAGAGGCUUUGGAAGACAGGCAAGACCUUGUUAACAAGAUUUACAACUUACAGGAAGAAAACAGACAAGCAGAAGAACUCAGGGAUAAGUACCUGGAGGAAAAAGAGGAUUUGGAGUUAAAGUGCUCAACACUGGUUAAAGACUGUGAAAUGUACAAGCAUCGUAUGAACACUAUCAUGUUUCAACUAGAGGAAGUGGAAAAGGAGAGAGAUCAGGCAUUCAGAUCCCGAGAUGAAGCCCAGACACAAUUCUCGCAGUGUCUGAUUGACAAAGAUAAAUAUCGAAAACAAAUCCGGGAACUGGAGGAAAAAAAUGAUGAGCUCCAGAUUCAGAUUGUCCGGAAGGAAGGAAAAAUCGUAGCCAUGGAAUCAAAACUCCGCCGUAUGUCCAAAGAUACCAUUUCUGCAGACCAGAGUCUGCCACGGAAUAUUCCAGUCACCAUUAUCUCUCAGAAUUUCCACCAUUCCUUCCAAAAGACCAAUGGACGGGAGCAGCAGGAGCCAGAGGGUUCAUCAACGUCGGAGGACUCUCCUGAAGACAAUGAAUUUUUUGUACAGGAAUCCCGACUAAGACGGAGACCAAACCUUAAAGUAUUUGGAAUUGGAAGGCCCAAAUCUCCAUGCACCCUUCCUAGAUAUCAAGAUUAUCAAGAUGAAGAUUUGUCAGAUGUCAGUAGUACCAAGAUGGAAACUCCUAAUUCCAUUAAUGGCUGUGAUCCUCUGAGUUCAGUGCAAACUUUGAGACCUCGAUUUCCUAGUGUGAUGUCAACUACCCCUGAACCACCUUGUAAUGAUUCAAUUCUACGGAGGACCAGGGAGGAAGAUCGGGAGAUGCCACACAGAAAUAUAACAGAGGAGGACGACGAUAGCAUCUGCUGCUACAACUUUGAUACCAACCAAACAGAGACAGAUGAUGAAUAUCAGGAGAGGAUCUCCCAUGGACCACCAUCUGUCCAUUCAUCAUCAUCUUCCUAUCAGUCUGAAGCAUUAGAUGCAUGUGAUUUGGAUCAUGUCAACUCCAUAUUCAGAAAAUUCUCCUUGGAAAGACCUUUUCGUCCAUCUGUGACCUCUGCCUCCCAGAUCAGUAACCCUCUGAAACAAAUGCUGCAUGCAACGCUCGACGGUGACAAGUUGGUGUCAGAAAUCUCUUUUGUUGGCGGAAAUGAGAGAGGUCUUUUCAUCCAGACUGUACAGCAAGCCUCCACGGCCGAGAAGGCAGGAUUGAAGGAAGGGCACCAGAUGAUUUUGCUAGAAGGAUGCAUCAGGGGAGAAAUUCAAACUGUUGCACUGGAGACCUCUACGAAAGAAGAAGCCCAUUGGACAUUACAACGUUGCAACGGACCAGUGACACUGCACUUUAAAUCAAACUUUGAGGGGUACAAGAGCCUGCAAAAGGAUCUGGAAGAUGGUUCCAUCAUGUCUGGUGAUUCUUUCUACGUUCGAGUCAAUCUAAGUAUCUCUGGACAGACAGACAGCUGCUCGAUGUGCGUGAAAUGUGAUGAGAUUAUUCAUGUUUUAGACACCAUGUACCAGGGCAAAUGCGAAUGGCUGUGUGCUCGAGUCGAUCUGUUCACUGACAAAGACCUAGAAAAAGGCACUAUUCCUAGUUACUGCAGAGCUCAGCAGCUGCUCUUGGUGAAGAUUCAGAGAUUGAUGUACCGUGGCAGCAGAGAUGAGACAGACAAUCAAUAUAGCACACUCCGAGGAUUAUGGAAUGUCUUCCAGCCUGAAGAACAGCCUCCUAUUGACCCCAAGGCUCCCCGUCUCUCACGAGCGAGUAUCUUCCUCGGUCAGAUUUUACAGUUUGUCAGCAGGUCUGAUAACAAGUACAAAAGACUUAACAGCAGUGAGCGUGUGCGAAUUGUCACCAGCUCCUCAUCUGGUCCAGUGAAAGCCUCUUUUGAAACUCUGAAAUUCGCAGCCGACAAGCAAGAUGAUGUAGAUGCAGAAAGUGACAUCAAAAAGAAUUUCAGCCUGGUACCAUACAGCCUGGUUCAUCCAUAUCACACCCAGCGGAAGCGCCCCGUGUUGUUCUCACCCACUCCACUAGCCAAAAUGCUUGUGCAUAGGUUACUUAAUUCCGGAGAAGCCAUGGAAUUUGACAUCUGCAAACCAGAUAUUUUAAACAAAGAAGAAUAUUUACAGAAACAGAAAUCUGAGCCAAUCAUUUUCUCCCGAGAAAAACAUUUAAACGCCUUUGAAUGCAUCUUGCCUGCCAACAUCAAAGCAGUAACUACCAAGAAUAAACAUUGUUUACUGGAAGCCGGACUGAGCUGCACAAGAGAUUUAAUUAAGAAAGACAUCUAUCCAAUUAUAAUUGUCAUUAAAGUCUGUGAGAAGAACAUCAAACGAUUCAGGAGGCUUCCAGCAAAACCAGAUAGUGGUGAGGAAGAAUUAUUGAAAAACUGUCGUUCAAAUGAGACUGAGCUAGAGGCUCUGCCCUGUUUGUACACCACAGUGGAAACUGAUUCAUGGAGCAACAUUAAAGAGCUCAUUAAAAUCAUCAAGGAGAAAAUCAUUGAAGAGCAAAAGAAGACAGUUUGGAUUGAUCAGGAUCAGCUCUGAAGUUACUACAAGCCUGCUACCACUAGGCCUUGACCGAGUAAUAACGCACCCACCACAUCUGGAUCUACAAGCAGAAAAUCAAAGCUUUGAGAGGUGAUAGGUGGGCAGCCAGCCACAAAAUAAUGCUUUUUUUAAAUAAGUGGUUGAUUCAUCUCAGUGGUCACGUAGAUCAGGGACUUGUGUACGUAACAAUAUUAACUUACAAGUUGCCUCCUCACCUGCCCGUCACCUCCCCUGGUGCCCCUUCUCCUUCCCUUUCUCCCAUGGUCCACUUUCCUUUCCUAUCUGAUUCUUUCUUCUCCAGCCCUUUGCCUUUUCCACCUAUCACCUCCCAGCUUUUUACUUUAUUCCCCCUCCUGCACCUACCUGGCUUCACCUAUCACAUUCUAUGUUUUUCUCCUCCUCCUCCUCACCUUAUUUUCCUAUUCUGGCAUCUUUCCCCUCACUUUCCAGUCCUGAUGAAGGGCCUGGGCCCAAAAUGUCGACUGUUUACUGAUUUCCAUAGACGCUGCCUGACCUGCUGAGUUCCUCCAGCAUUUUGUGUAGGUUGCUCCGGGUUUUCAGCAUCUGCAGAAUCUCUUGUGUUUAUGAAAAUUAAUAUGUUGUCACAGUGGAUUCUCUCAUUUUGUUCUUUCUGACCCAUCUGUGGUGUUCACUUAAUUAAUCAUAUCAUUCUAUAACAACAACCGUCAUCAGCUGAAUGGGAGUAGCCUGGCUAGAUUUUUCCCUUGGUCCAUUCAUAGUCAAGUAUCUCUACAAGUGGCUUGUCUUGCCAUCCCUCUAUAUCCAUCUCAUUCAACCCCCAUUUACUUUUAAUUCUAGAAUCACAGGAUUAUUUCUGCCUUCUUACUUUUCCAAGGUUGCCUUUGGACAUCUGCUUCCAUGUAUGGUGAGGACAUCAAUGUCUUCUUUUCAAGUAGCUCUUUUGACCCAUUCCCUGCCUUUGUAUGGUCUGUCUACUUGUCCAACAUCCAUCCAUUGUUUAAUAAAAUUCGGAAAAGAUCUAAGACUUCAUUUUCAAUACCCACUGUAUGCUCUAAUUUCUUAUCUUAAAUACUUUACUUACUCUACAACUACUGUCUCAGAUCAACGUCAAUUUUUGUAAGAUUAGAAACCCUUAAGAAUUGAAGCUGGGUUUCGGACUCCAGAUCUUUUAAAACUCAAUCACUGCUAUUUUCUACAUUUCAUUCUCGAAAACCUACCUCUACAACCAAGCGUUCAGUUAUUUCUUCUAAUACCUUCAUUGAUUUAGACACAAUUUUUAUUUGAUUGCACUCCUGUAAAGUGCCUUUAGAUGCCCCAACAUAUUAAAGACACCGUAUUGAUACUGACAAAAUUGGUAUUAAAAUACAAUGUAGAAACAUAGAACACUGAAAUUGCUUAGCAGAUCAGGCGGUAUCUAUAGAUUAAAUGAAUCAGCCACUGGAUUGGGGUGGUGCUCUCUAAAUUGCAUUAGAGGGCUCUAGGUUUGAAUCCCACUCCAGAAAUUUGAGUACAAAAAUGUAGGCUGAUGCUAUAGUGAAGUGAAUGGGAAAAAGUCCAGUAGCACUAUUGUGAAGAUGAUCAUGGAAGAAACCCCCAAUGUUGUGACCAUUGUUUACUCUUCAAUCAACAUUUCUCACAAUAGAUUGAUAAUGCUCUCGCUUGCUAUUCAUGGGCUCUAGAUUUAUUGAGCUCUUUAUAUUCCAAAUGCAACUUCACAUCAAAAGUAGUUCAUUGACUAUAAAUGACUUUGGAAUAUUCUGAAGGGGACAUGAAGGGUGCUAUAUGAACACGUCAUUCAUUUUCUCAGAGCUCAGCAAUCUUCUCUACAGAUGCUGCUUAAAUAUGAAUGCAUGAUGUUAUGAAAAUAUAUAUGAAUGCAUGUUUUGUUCAACCCAACUGUAUAUAUAUAUACUGUAUAUCAAGAAGUCCUCUUCCAGCCAAAUAAAGACUGAUGUGAUGGGAUGCUAAAAUAAAGCAUAAUAAUAUACAUUGUUUUUUUUAAUGUAUCUUGCAAAUAAGUAAGUGUUCUUUUGUACUUUAAACCUGUGUACUUGUAACUUAUGUGUGUUAAUUAAGUGCUGGUUAAUAAUUCCCAAGUAUUGUAGUUACUAAUUUGUUUGUGGAUGGAUAUUAACUUCCUAUGAAUUUUUCUGAAAUGAUAUGUACUCAAAGCAUUGUUUUAUGUGUUUGGUAUGAGUGGUUCUAAGAUUAUGAACUGAAGAAUGUAUAAAAUGUGCAGCUUGGGGUGUACUAUGUAAGUAAUGCAAUACGACAAACGACCUGAGAGUGUGUAUAACUAAUUAUUGCCUGUUCCUUGGUAAAUCUUAAUGUUGCGACAGCAUCAAAAUGAAUGUAGUUUCAGCAAUUGUCAAAACCAUCUAUUUUCACCAUUUUCAGUGAGCGCCAUUCUCCAUUCUGUGAAUAUGGGUCAUAUUCUGUCUCAGAAGAAACCAUAAAGGGCUUUUCAUAACACAAGGGUGCUAUUUUAGCAACAACACCAUUUGCUCUCAUUUGGCUGGUGUCAUUAGAUUUGAUUCUUUUGCCCUUUUUAAAACAGAAAUACUAAAUGAGACAAUGCAUUAAAAUUCCAUACAUGUUCCAUUUAUUGCCGUAAAUCUGUUUUAUGCUCGUAGCAGUGCUCUUACACGAAAAUGUGAAAACAUGAUUAAUUUGGAGACAACUCACCUCAUCAUAAGAAUAUGAUUGCUGAAAAUUCUCUGGUUUUCCAUCAUGCCCAGAAUACUUUGUGUAACACAAUGUGAAACUUUCCCUUCAAUAUGAAUGUAAGCAAGAGCACGCAUUCCAAUUAAUUUCUGUAGCAUUAUUUGUCAUGUGUAUGUCAACAAAUGAAUGUGUUAACAGUGUGAAAAUAUGCAGAGGGAAUUUUCAGAAAAUACUUUGUAAUGUUAAACAAUUUGAUUGUUUGUGGAUUUCGUUCAUAAGAUUUCAGCAUCCACUGUGCAAGUCUACUCUAACUGAAGGUUGCUUUUGUGAGUAGCUAAAUAAUAAGCAAAAAUGUAGAUCUGAAUUUGUGUGAUGUGCAAUCCUUACUACCAUUUACAACUCUCAAAGAUUUCUGUGCACCUCCAACUUUAGCCUCUUGCAAAUCCUAACUUCAUUGAUCCACCUUUGGCAAAUGUCCUUUUAGUUUCCCACGUCCUAAGAUCUAGAGGUUCUUUCCCAAACCUUUCAAUCUAACAACUACUCUUUACUUUUAAGAAGCUCCUUAAAAACUACCUCUCUGACUGUGUAGUGAACUUCCCUGAUGUGAUCAUUCAUAACUCAGUAUCAAAUUUUGUUUUGAUAAUGCUUCUUGUCAAAUGUCUUGGAAUGAUUCAUUUGUGUUAAAGGCACUAUAUAAAUGCAAGUUGCUAUUGUUAUAUUUAGUAAUAUUAUAAUAUAGUAGAAGCAAUUAACAAUUCAUAGGCAUUUUUUGGAAAAAAAAGUAAAAAUUUAACAAAAAGUUUAGUUCUCAAAGGAUCCAAGAAACUUACUGUUAUGUUACAUAUCAUCUUCUGAAGCCAGUUACAGUCUGAAUUAAUAGUGAUGCUUGCUGUACUGAGAUGCCUUUAAUGUUAAUAAAGAAAAUGA